GAUACAAUUCACUUUCAGUAUCAGUACAGUAUCUGGAUAUGGUUCAACAGUAUCUUCCCCUUGCUUCGUUUUCACUGAAAAGACGUGACUCAUACAGAAUAUGUUCAUGUUCCAUUCUAGAGCAUUUUUCCACAGGAGAAAAUCUCAGUGGAUAGUAGCCUCAGUCAUUAGCUUGUUUUUAUUAUGUGGCAUCCUUUUUUUAAUUAUUGCUGAUGUUGCCUUCAUUGUUUGAUCUGAAAAUUCCAUUAACUCAAUGAAGUCCCGAAAAUGACAUUGAAGAAGUAAUAUGCAUUGUUCUAGCAACACAUCAUGCUGUUAGCUACAAUGGAAUAAACUCAAAUUAAUUUGUUUGGGUUUUUGCUGGGGGUGGUAGUGGAGUUGUUCUAAAUGUUCACUUAACAGCAGCAGCAACAACAAAAUAGUAUAUAACUAACAUCUAAAUAUAGCUAGUCAUUUAUGCUACCUGUCUGCUAAAUACAUUUUUGUUGCUUUGCUUGAAGCGUAUCUAUUACAUGAGUUUCAGUUGAAUAAAGCAGAGCCAUUUGUUGGUUUAACAUUUACUGAUACUCAUUUCAAAUUUUGCAAAUGUUCAUACAGUUUGGUAAGAUUUAGUUGUGUAUAUUUCAGUAGAACGAUAACAAUGUACAAAGUACUUUAGAAUUGUUAUAUUUAUCCUUACAACGGACCUGUGAUGUUAUAAGGAGAGGGCUGUAGCUGAGUGGUAGGAGCACAUGCUUUGCAUGUAGUUGGUCCCAGGUUCAAUCCAUAUCUUCAAAUAGGGAUGGGAGAGACACCUGCUGGAACUGGGCUAGACGGAACAAUGGUUUGACAUGGUUUAAGGUAGCUUACUAUGCUCCUCUGUUAGUUAUGCAGAGAGAUAGUGACUUGGCAAGGGACUACCUGAGGAGCUUCAGUGCUGAGAUUUGAAUCUGCACUUACCAGUUAGAAAUCCUCCAACAUUCUGUACAUGAUGCUACCCAGGGAAAUCUACUAUUGUAGGUGUUUCUGAUUGUUUAGCACUGCACUGACUCAUUUUCUACUGAGCACUACUAAUGGAAUACCACCUAGAGGUUUCACUACUUGCAUUGAAAGGUACUGUGUCUGCGGCAGGUUAUGCAGAGGCCCAGAAUUCUUGCCUCCAUAUGUAUAUGUAUGCGUGCUUAAUCAAAGCAGCCUGGAGAAGGCUGUUUCUGAAUGAAAGGAAGGCACAUGGAGAGAAUAUGUGUAAAUUCUGUCCAUGAAGCCUUCUUUCACUCAGACACAGCCAAGUCAAAGUUGCUUUGGCUAAAUGACAAAAUCAUGGAAUUCUAUGUAACGUUUAGUUUAACUCUCGGGCACGGAACCUUCUAAAUUGAGACAGUUCACAUACUGUAUUCAACUGUGGGUCAUCCAGUGUAUAGUAGAAUAAUGAGAGACAAAAGUGAUGUGCUAUAGCAUUUCCGAUAUGUACAGCUUUUAUCCAAUUAUCAUUUUGUCCUAUCAUCAUGUUGAUAAGAGGCAGUUUCCUCUUAGAAGGAUGUACAGGCUUGGUAGGAUGAUAAAAGAUAGAAUGGAUUAAAAACCUAUGUGUUGAUAUUAUGAUUCAGGCCAUACUACAUGUAAUGCUGGCUAUUAAUGACUGGAUCUUUCUUUGUAUUUGCUGUUAGUUUCAUGCUGGCAAGGAGGGAUCCAAGUAUGACCAAAAUAGUGAUGGUGAAGGUGGGAGUCUUUUACACUUCUAUCCCAUGCUGUCUUCUGAAUCGAAAGAACCUCUUGAAGUCCAUUAUUCUAAUAGCAGCUAGUGUGUGUGCAUAUGUGCACACAAAUGUGUUAGAUUAGAUGAAAGGUGUGUUGGAAAUAGUCUGAACACACACUCCUCCAAGUGUUUUGGCUGAAUUUGGAGACCUACUCCCAAAGUUGCAUUAAAUUGGGUAAGAGAGAUCAGUCUCAUGAGAGGAGCAUCAUUGAAGAAGCCUCAAAGUACUUUAGGCCAUGACAGAUUGUAUUUAUUUAUUUGACAAAAAUCAUGUAACAUUUGAUUGUAAGAAAACCCUUAUGUGGUUUACAAAAAUAUAAAAUUAUAACAUUAAAAUUAUCAAUAAAAUGGUUUAAAACUGAUAUUUAAAAAUAUUCAAAAGAUAAUAAAAUCAACAGUAGUUAAAAAGAAAUAAAACACAUGUCUGGGUAGCUUACGUAUACAAAAAUAUUUUAAGCAGGCACUGAAAACAGUACAGGGUAAGGUUCCUUCCUGACAUCAGUAGCUGGACAGUUCCAAAGUGUCACCACACUAAAAGAUCAAGUACAGUGGUACCUCGCAAGAUGAAUGCCUCGCAAGACAAAAAACUCGCUAGACGAAAGGGUUUUUUGUUUUUUGAGCUGCUUCGCAAGACGAUUUUCCCUAUGGGCUUGCUUCGCAAGACGGAAACGUCUUGCAAGUUUGUUUCCUUUUUCUUAACACCGUUAAUACAGUUGCGACUUGACUUCGAGGAGCAACUCAUAGAACGCGGUGUGGUAGCCUUUUUGAGGUUUUUAAAGACUUUGGUGAUUUUUGAAGCUUUUCCAAAACUUUCCCGACACCGUGCUUCGCAAGACGAAAAAAAUCGCAAGACGACAAAACUCGCAGAACGAAUUAAUUUCGUCUUGCGAGGCACCACUGUAAUUACAAGUGUGGAAUGAGCAUUAUGUGGCACCUGUAAAGGUGCCAGUUUCACAGAUCAAAGCAGUCGAGUAGGCACAUAAGGGAUCAGGCAAUCCUGUAAGUAAACUGCUCCCAAGCCAUUAAGGGCUUUACUGUAUAUGCCAACUUGGCUCCGCAGUUUAGAGCAGAUCUCUUGAGCAGAGGUGUUGUAUGCUGAAAGCAUCUCAUUCCUGUCAACAACCAUCCUGCAGCAUUCUGCACUAACCAAGUCAAGCUCCAGGGAAGCUCCACAUAGAGUGGAUCACAUAGAGUGCAUUGCAGUAAUCCAAUCUUAAAGCCACCAGUGCCUGAGUUACUGUUUUCAUGCUCUCCCAGUUCAGAAUGGAUGUAGCUGUAGCCACAGAGGCUACCUGGGCCUCCAGUGACAAAAGCUGGAUCCAGAAGCACCCCAGACUGAAUCAUAGAAUCAUAGAGUUGGAAGAGACCAUAAGGGCCAUCGAGUCCAACCCCCUGCCAAGCAGGAAACACCAUCAGAGCACUCCUGACAUAUGGUUGUCAAGCCUCUGCUUAAAGACCUCCAAAGAAGGAGACUCCACCACACUCCUUGGCAGCAAAUUCCACUGUCGAACAGCUCUUACUGUCAGGAAGUUCUUCCUAAUGUUUAGGUGGAAUCUUCUUUCUUGUAGUUUGGAUCCAUUGCUCCGUGUUCGCUUCUCUGGAGCAGCAGAAAACAACCUUUCUCCCUCCUCUAUGUGACAUCCUUUUAUAUAUUUGAACAUGGCUAUCAUAUCACCCCUUAACCUCCUCUUCUCCAGGCUAAACAUGCCCAGCUCCCUUAGCCGUUCCUCAUAAGGCAUCGUUUCCAGGCCUUUGACCAUUUUGGUUGCCCUCCUCUGGACACGUUCCAGUUUGUCAGUGUCCUUCUUGAACUGUGGUGCCCAGAACUGGACACAGUACUCCAGGUGAGGUCUGACCAGAGCAGAAUACAGUGGCACUAUUACUUCCCUUGAUCUAGAUGCUAUACUCCUAUUGAUGCAGGUCAGAAUUGCAUUGGCUUUUUUAGCUGCCGUGUCACACUGUUGGCUCAUGUCAAGUUUGUGGUCAACCAAGACUCCUAGAUCCUUUUCACAUGUACUGCUCUCAAGCCAGGUGUCACCCGUCUUGUAUUUGUGCCUCUCAUUUUUUUUGCCCAAGUGCAAUACUUUACAUUUCUCCCUGUUAAAAUUCAUCUUGUAUGUUUUGGCCCAGUUCUCUAAUCUGUCAAGGUCGUUUUGAAGUGUGAUCCUGUCCUCUGGGGUGUUAGCCACCCCUCCCAGUUUGGUGUCAUCUGCAAAUUUGAUCAGGAUGCCCUUGAGUCCAUCAUCCAAGUCGUUGAUAAAGAUGUUGAAUAAGACCGGGCCCAAGACAGAACCCUGUGGCACCCCACUAGUCACUCUUCUAACUGCAUACCUGCAUACCUGCUCCUUCAGGGGAAGAGUGAUCCCAUCCAAGGAAGGCAGUUGACCAGUUUAUCAGACACAGGAACCUACAGUGCCUGCCUUGCCAGGGUUCAAGCUCAGUUUAUUUCCCCUCAUCCAUCUCACCAAUGCAUCCAGGCACUGGGCCAGAGUUCGCAUGGCCUCUCCUAGUUCAGAUGUUCUGGAGAACUAGAGCUCACUGUCAUCAGUGUACUGGUAAGUGUUGCUGUGCUCACUAGGCCUGAGCUGUUUUGUUUCUUUGACUAAAGAGUUAACUUCAUUGACACCUUGUGAGUUACUCCUGACCUGUUCCCGGCUCCUGUCUUGACACUAAUGCUAUUUAGGCUGAUCAAGGGAGGUAAUAGUACUAAUAGUACUAAUCCAUUCUGCCUUGGACAGACCCCACCUGGAGUACUGUGUUCUGUUCUAGGCACCACAGUUUAAAAAGGAUAUUGACAAGCUGGAACAUGUGCAGAGGAGGGCAACCAAGAUGAUCAAAGAUCUGGAAACCAAGCCUCAUGAGAAACGAUUAAGGGAGUUGGGUAUGUUUAUCCUGAAAAAGAGGAGAUAUGAUAGCCAUCUUCAAAUAUCUCAAGGGCUGUCACGUGGAAGAUGGAACCAGCUUGUUUUCUUCUGCUCUGGAGGGUAGAUCCCGAACCAAUGGUUUCAAGUUACAAGAAGUGAGAUUCUGACUAAACAUCAAGAAUAACUUUCCGGCGGUAAAAGCUGUUUCACAGUGGAAUUGACUCCUUCAGAAGGUGGUGCACUCUUCUUCAUUGGAGGAUUUCAAGCAGAGGUUGGAUGGCCAUCAGACGUGGAUGCUUUAUUUAAGAUUGCUGCAUUGCAGGAGGUUGAACUAGAUGACCCUCAGGGUCACGUCCAACUCUAUAAUUCUUUGAUUCUUUGAUUCUACAGCUACUGUGAAUAAAAGCAUGUCAAAAUAUGUUGCACACCCCCUCAAUUUCCAAGUGGUGAGAGAUUCCAGGGGUUCCAGGCAGUUUCCCAGGAUUCGGUUUCCUUGGAAUGGGGGUCUGCGGAGACUGUGGUAUCUUUUGGAUAUAUGGUUUAUUUACAGAUAUAUACAACCUGAGCCUACGAUGGAGGGGCUUAUUAACUAUUGUUCAUAGUUUAGUAAUUAUUAUUGUAAUUGUUAAGAGUGAAUUUCUGUUUAAUUAUUGUUUGCUGAUAUUUAAUUUCAUUGUGUACCAUUAUAUUCUAAUGGAUUGUUGAGUGUUACUUUAUUUGAAAUAAGUUGUUUAUUUUAAAGUUAUAUUUUUAUUAUGACUUUUUUGUAAUGGAUAAGAUUGUUAUAAGGUGUGUGCGAUCCUUGUUGUUUCUUCUGUUUGUAAACCACCUUGCAUAUAGUAAUAUAGAAAGGCAAUAUACAAGUUAAAAGUGAAAUGAAAUUAAAGGAAAGGGAAGGUUCAUCCAUUUGCCCAUAAGGCCUCUUCCCUUAGUUGUAGCUCUUGCAGCCCAGCUCACUCUUUUGGGAUGGUGAUCAUGGUGGCUAACUACUCAGCCAACAGGGAUUCAGGGCACCAUACAGGCUGACACCGCCCCCAGCCCCCUGCAUCAAUAUUUUCUAUUACAUUUGUGGUCUGCUUGCUUUCAAAGGAUCUCAGAUCUGUGGGUUAUUCUUGCAACCACCAAGAGUUCAGAAUUACAGAAUAGGCUAAGAGAUAGUAAUUUGUCUUCAGCUACUUUAUGAGCAGGGAUUAAAAUGUGUUUUAUUUGCUGAAGCCCAACACUAAUCAGCAAACCACAAUAUAACAUAUAUUGUGCAUUCAUAAGACUUGAAGGAAUCAAUAGCAGGUCUGUCUGCUCACUAACCCCUGCUCCCCUAUCUAUUAUUAUUAUUAUUAUUAUUAUUAUUAUUAUUAUUUAUUAUUUAUACCCCGCCCAUCUGGCUGGGCUUCCCCAGCCACUCUGGGCGGCUUCCAAAAAAUAUUAAAAUACUGUAAUACAUCAAACAUUAAAAGCUUCCCUAAACAGGGCUGCCUUCAGAUGUCUUCUAAAGGUCUGGUAGUUGUUGUUCUCUUUGACAUCUGGUGGGAGGGCGUUCCACAGGGAGGGCGCCACUACCAAGAAGGCCCUCUGCCUGGUUCCCUGUAACUUACCGUAGCUUCUCGCAGUGAGGGAACCGCCAGAAGGCCCUCGGUGCUGGACCUCAGUGUCUGGAUAGAAUGAUAGGGGUGGAGACGCUCCUUCAGAUAUACUGGACUGAGGCCAUUUAGGGCUUUAAAGGUCAGCACCAACACUUUGAAUUGUGCUCGGAAACGUACUGGGAGCCAAUGUAGGUCUUUCAAGACCGGUGUUAUGUGGUCUCGGCGGCCGCUCCCAGUCACUAGUCUAGCUGCCACGUUCUGGAUUAGUUGUAGUUUCCGGGUCACCUUCAAAGGUAGCCCCACGUAUGGGGGGUAGCCCCACGUAUGACUUUUCAACAUAUUAAAUCCAGAUUGCAGCAUGUCACAAGGUAGUGAAAAGUUUAAGGAGUAGAAAGGACUUCCCAUAGACAAUCUCCAGCUCAAAUUGUCUGUCUGUGCUGGAAUGUGGUGUGGUUGCCCCCCCCCCCCAUUCUGCUCUAUCAUUUGCUGAGUCUGAUGUAUUUCACAUGCAAGGGAGAAGACAGCACAAGAAACCAGAAGAAACAGCAGAUUAAAAUGUAGAAACACAGAAUCAAAACCUCCUCUGUUUUCUUGUUCCCGACCCUUCUCCUUUGUUUUCUUGAGCUUUCCCAAAACUUCUCCUGGGAUGUUUGCCUGAUACUCUGUUGAACCAAAAGUGAAAUGUUCAAGAAGGCCUGCCAAUGCCAUCUUGAUAGUCAGUAUAACACCAAAACUAAUUGGGAAUGUUGCAAGAAUGAGUUCAUAUAUGUUUAUAUUUGUUUGCUUUGAUGUAUGCUAAUUGAUUUGCUUUGAUGCCGUGCUGGGAUGCAGGGCUCUUGAUCUAGAAAGGGGAGAUAUCUGUAAGCUUAGGUUAGCUGCCAUCUAUUGCCAUACCGGUCAGGUGAAUUGAUGGGAGGGUCUGGACAAACUGACGUAUGCUGCUUUGUGUAUAAAGAAUAUAUAAACAUUUGCUUGAGUGCAGACAAGUCAUGACAACCUCCCACUGUUGCAGUGUUCAUUAUGCAUCUGCAAUGGGGCUUUGCAGGCUGUGCUGUAAGUUUAUACCUUUUGACAGCCUUCUGGUAUCCCUGCACUAAACCACUCCCACGAGCCCACAUUUGGGCUAGUGGAUCAGGACAAGUGGGUUUAUUUUUUUUAAAAAAAAUUCUUCGGGGCCUUAAAAAAAACUUUUAUAUUUCUGUUUCUUAGCUUUCAGUGAGUGUUUUAUUGUUGUUUUACACUUAACUUUAUAGUUUCAUCCAACUCAUGCCACCUAUAUCCUGAAUUGCUUCAUGUUACAAACACAUGUGAGUUUUUAAUUUCACAAAUUCAUGGAAGUGCCACUGAUUUCAUUUUUGGUUAUGUCCACAUAAGUAUCCAUAAGAUUUCUAUCUUAGAACUUGAAAACAAUGUAAACUCCUCCACCAUCCCCUUUAAAGGAAAGCAGAAUUUAUUUCAAUAUGUGCCCUAGACUCAGGGAUAAAUUUUAUGAGCAUGCUGCAUGUAAGGAUUUUUAGCUUUUGAUGCAUCUGAAGAUGAGGACUCAAAAGGAUGGCUCACUUGAAUGCACUGACCAUUGACUAUCUUUUUAAAAACGGUUUUAGAGUGGUCAUCUUAUUUCUUGCUGAAUUUACAUGGGCGAGUUUACAAGAGCAUCGUUAUUACUUAAUCCAAAUCUUUAAAGGAGUAGGGUUUUUCAGACUAAGUAAGAUUAUUUUUUUUAGCAACGUGGUAUCUUGAUACAGGGAGAUUUAUGUGUGUAUCUUAGGCUAAGGUUGCUUUUGACUAUAAAUCUGAAGUGGGAAUACACCUCUCAAGUUAAAAAAUGCCCAUGUGGCAGUGAAGUUUUACUUAUCCACAAAAUAUAAUGGGAGAAAUGUUGAAGCAAAUACAGUAUGGAGUCAAGAAGUUAUCAGGUGUACUGUAAUGUACUCAUACAGAAAAAUGGACAUCCUAUCCUGUAUGAUGACCUCUGUUGAGAGAGAGACAAGGGAGACAUGUCCUUGUUAAUUCUCCUCAACUUCUCAGUAGCUUUCGAUACCAUUGACUAUGGUAUCCUUUUGGAGCGGCUGUGCGAACUAGGGGUGUGUGGCACUGCUUUGUGGUUUAUGCUCUGGUAACCUCAGGGUUAGAUUACUGCAAUGCAUUAUAUGUAGGGUUACCUCUGAAGACAGUUCGGAAACUUCAGCUAGUGCAGAAUUCAGUGGCCAGGUUACUCACUGGAGCAAGAUGGUUUGAGCAUAUUACACCGAUCCUGGUCCGACUGCACUGGCUACCAAUUAGUUUCUGGGUCCAAUUCAAAGUGCUGGUUUUGACCUAUAAAGCCUUAAACGGCUCAGGACCACAAAACCCAAGGACCAUCUCUUUCCAUAUGAACCUACCUGAACACUGAGAUCAUCUUCUGAGGCCCUUCUUUGUGUGCUUCCUCGGCAAGCGGUCCGGAGGGUGGCAACACGAGAACAGGCCUUCUCUGCAGUGGCUCCCCAUCUGUGGAAUGCUUUCCACAGGGAAGUUUGCCUGGCGCCUUCAUUAUAUAUCUUUAGGUGCCAGGCAAAAAUGUUCCUUUUUAACCAGGCCUUUGGUUGAUUUGAUUGACCAAUGUCAAUCAGAUGUGUUGGAGGGGUUAUUGAGUUGUUGUUGUCUUUAUUUUGAUUAUGUAUUUUGUGGUUUUACAUUUUGAUUUUAUUCUGUGAACUGCCCUGAGACCUGCCAGUAUAGGGUUGUAAAUACAGACAGACAGACAGACAGACAGACCUUAAAACUGGCUUGUGCAACUUGUUGUGACACACAGCCCAUGAGUAUCAUCAGGGAAGCCCAUCAUGGGCCCAAUAAAUCUAUUUUUGCUGCCUGCAGGUGAGCUGGGACUAGGGCUUUGGUGGGUCACCAGUUGUUCAGUUGUUCAUUUCUAACUGAUGCCUUCUCACACCUGCUAUCUGAAGUGGUAUAAUUUCAGAAGGACUCUACUACUACUUAAAAAAAAUGCUGAGUAUGGUCAGGGAAGAACUCUGUGUGUAGUCCUGCAGAAUUAGUUUGAUAUUUUCUGUCAGACCUGUCAGGCCUGCAUUAACAGAUUGACCGCAGCUUGCUCACCAGACAUUUGCAACCAGAUACCCACUGUAUGUGCCCCUUUCCCAUCUCUUUGUAGGAACAUCUAAAAACCCAUCAUUGCUUAUUACUCACUGUGUGUGGGCUGUUGUAGCACAGUUCCUUUCAAUUUCAUCUUCAUAGUCUAUUGUGAUCAUCGCCUCUGCUUCAAUAUUCAGUAUGUCUAAUGCGUUAAGUCACUGUUCUAACAUUCAAGAACACAAAUAUAUUUUUAUUCUCUGUAAUGCUGAGAAAGACCUUUCAGACGUACGAUUGGUCGCUGCUGUGCAGAGAUACAUUAUGAAUGCCAUGUCCACAUAUGGAAAUACAUCUUGCAGUAUCUUGUCUUUCAUCAUUGCACACAUUUUCAAGAUGCUUUUAGGUUCUUCUGCUAUACUGAAUAAAUAACUUUGUGGUUGCAUUGGUUAGUGAUGAUUCUGCCAAGUCAUUCUGAUAGCAAGAUUGCAAAUCUUUUGUGCAUGCUUGCACUUCUGGUAGUUCCUCUAAUGACAUUUUUGUUAGGAAUGCAGACUUUGAAUUCAGGUUCUCAUAUGCUGACCUUUGUGUCUCCAGCUCAGAAAGAAGCCUGUCAAUUAUCACAGUAUAUGAGUUAAUUCCAAAGUUUUCACAAGUGUCACAUCUAUUUCACCAUGUGAUUUGUUACUCUGAUGCUUCCUUUUCCUUUGCUGUUUUUUUGACAUAUCAUGUAGUUGCUCAAACCUGACUUUUCGAAGAAUUCAGACAUAUGUUGAGCAUUUUUCACAUACAAUUUCAAUUAUUUAUAUAGCUGUACUGCAACACCAAUAUUGAUUUCAGUGGUUUGAAGCUUCUUGCUGGUAAUGUUGAAUCAAUUCAAAAUGGUGUCCCACAUUUGCGCCUUUAUCACGGUCUCCAAUCACUUCCAUUUAUUUAACAAUCCUCUAGUUUCACUGCGACUUAAGGAUUUAUCUAUAGUGUCUUUUUUGUAGUAUAUAGCACAAUUUGGCUUUCAUAUUUGUUUCAGCUGUGACAAACUUCAUCUUGAGAUAGCCAACGAUUGCUGGAAAGGAACAUAGCCAGGUAUCAUUAAGUGUGACUCCAAUACCUGCUAUCGAUGAGUAGAUUACAAUAAAAAUACAAAAAGAUUUUGAAAUCCAAAGAAUCCAGUUGUUUGUUUACAGUAUUCUGCUGCAUAUGCUCCAAUUAGAUGCAAGGAGUGAGUAGAGCAUGGCACAAAAACAGUACAUGGGCAAGCUUCUUUUAUUCCUAAAUGAAGACCCUUGUAUGAUCCAUACAUAUUGCUUGCAUUGUAGUAUGACUGCCCUCUAUAGUUAUCAAUGUUUUGUUUAUAUGUCUUGAGAGUUCUAAAAGCUACAUCAGCCAGCUGUUCAAAUUUGUGGCCAGGAUUAGGUAGAAAACAAAUAAAAUGCUCUCUGGGAUCUCCAUUUCUUUCACAUACCAAAUUAUCAAAGAAAGCUGAUUGUCAGGAGAUGAAUCUACACUUAUCAGAAAAUACUUUGUGGAAUGCAUUGCUUCUAUAUUCUGAUUCAGACCUUUAUCUGUCUUGGUGUUGUUAACAUUUUCAUAAAUUAAAAAAUAUAAAUUUGAGGUCUGACCCUUGCCUGGGUUUCUAUAUUUUGAUAUGUGCUUCACUAAAAAUGGAUCAAAUUCAGUUAUGAGUUGUAAGACCAAAGUUUACAUUAUGAGUAGAUCCAAAGCAAACGGUACUUCUUCUGAAAGAUAAGUCUUGAGAUGCUAAAGCUUUGACUGUAGCUAUAGCUCUUCUAAGAACACACAGCCAAUACUUGAUUUCUUCAACAAUCUGAUACGAAAGUUUCAUGCACACACUUCCAAGGACUGACCAUUGCUAUUUCAUAGCCAAAACACAGUUUUUAUGGCCAAGAGAAUUAUCACAUGCAUAUGUUAAUAGGAAUGUUACCAGUAACCAAAACCUUCCCUACCUAGCAAAGAUGUUCCUCUAAACAAAUGAUAUGGAAAUCAAAAAAUUGAGCCUAGUGACUUAAAGCACAGUAAGUAUUCUCUCCUAGUCUUUUCUCCAUUCAAGAGACAUUUUGAGAUAAAUAAUAGACUGUCAUUGCUAGAAAGCCUGUUUAGAUUGCGGGAAAAUGCUUUUCAGAAUAAUAUUGCAUUUCUUCAUUUAUUGUCCAUAGGACUGGAUUAGUGAUUCCGAGCACAAUUCAAAGUGUUGGUGCUGACCUUUAAAGCCCUAAACGCCUCAGUCCAGUAUACCUGAAGGAGUUUCUCCACCCCCAUCGUUCUCCCCAGACACUGAGGUCCAGUGCCGAGGGCCUUCUGGUGGUUCCCUCGCUGCGAGAAGCCAAGUUACAGGGAACCAGGCAGAGGGCCUUCUCGGUAGUGGCACCCGCCCUGUGGAACGCCCUCCCACCAGAUGUCAAAGAGAACAACAACUACCAGACCUUUAGAAGACAUCUGAAGGCAGCCCUGUUUAGGCAGAGUUAGUACUGAUGAGAUUGGGAAUGUUUCCACGUUGAAAUGGAAUUGGGAAGUUUUCUUCAUUUUUCAUCCAAGAUCAAAGUCAGUGCUCAUGUUUCCCAACUUGUUCAUAUCUUGUAUUUGAAAACUGGUGCCCAUAAUGCUGGGGUUGGUUAUAUUUCCAUUAAUACGUUUCUGACUAUUUAUUUAAUUUCUAUACUACCCUUCAUCCAGGGAUCACAGAGCAGUUUACAACCCCUCUCGCAAGGAGGCAUUAAUCAUCUCCCUGGCCCAGCCAGAUGUCCCCUCCCUGUUAAUUUUUAUAAGCGAAGAGAGUAAGUGGUUGCCUUGAUUGAUCCAGUACCUUCUUCUCAUCCUUGAGCCUUACUAACUGAAACUCAUCUAACAUAACAGGACUAGACAGUGCUCUGGACAACUCUCAGGAUUCAUCUGCUGUAACAGUAGAGUCAUGGUUCCAGUGGAUGCAAGUGAUUUUAUCCUCAAAAUGCUUUGCAAACAAGUCACAGUGAGCUGCUAUUGGUUCUGUCACCUCAUACGGGCUAGGCUGUAAGAGGCUGCACACUAACGGGAAAUACUCUGCUGGACGGCACAAUGUGGAUGCAGUGGAGGCAACAAAGUAUGCCUCCUUUGCUGCCUUCAUUGUUACUCGGUAGGCUCAAUUAUGAGCCUUCACCUGUGUUAGAUUGCGUUUGACUGGAGUUUUCCUCCACUCGCAUUUGAGUCAUCUCCCAGCGUGUUUCCUUGCCCUAAACUCUGUCAGCUCAGGCAGGGAGACUGCUGGGCAGCAAGGCAGGCAGUAAACCAGCAGAAACCCUAAUCUGUCUCCAUUGUCCAAUGCCAGGAUUGGACACUCUAGAUCUUCUCCCAACUGGACAGAGAGCCUGUGGAGAGAGAGUAAAAAAAAUCUACAGAGAAUAGCAACUCCCCUCUUCAAUUCUCAAGUCUGCCCUGCUGCUGCACUGAGUACCCAUAAUCAGAUCAUAGACAAGGGGGGUCUUAUUCAGAGCCGAUUUGGCAUUCAGCAACAGCAGCCACAGACCCAAUGACUAAAUGAUAGGUCUAGGGUUGCUAUACAGUGGUGCCCCGCAAGACGAAUGCCUCGCAAGACGAAAAACUCGCUAGACGAAAGGGUUGUGCAUUUUUUGAGUUGUUCCGCAAGACGAAUUUCCCUAUGGGCUUGCUUCGCAAGACGAAACGUCUUGCGAGUUCUUGCGAGUUUGUUUCCUUUUUCUUAAAGCCACUAAGCCGCUAAGCUGUUAAUAGCCGCUAAGCCAUUAAUAGCCGCUAAGCCGCUAAUAGCCGCUAAGCCGCUAAUAGCCGUGCUUCGCAAGACAAAAAAACCGCAAGACGAAGAGACUCGUGGAACGGAUUAAUUUCGUCUUGCGAGGCACCACUGUAUUUUGAAGAGUAAAAAAGAGAGCACACGCAAGCCCUCCCCCCUUAUUUAUUUGUUACUUCCUGCCCCUCACCGCAGCCAGUGGUCAUUAUACUUUGUGACCACCACCACCCUGCUUACCCACAAGGGUCAUCAGGCUAUGUUAUUGUGCACUGCGACCUGACAUGCAUCCUUUCUUACAACUCGGUCUUGCAAGUUAAAAGUGGCAUCAUUUUGACUGUUUCAUUUUAUUUGAGUGUUGAAAGCCUAUUUUCCUGUGCAACCAGACUUGUACAUUGGUGCAGGUGUAUCUGAUUUUUUCUUUUUCACUUUAAAAAUCAAUUGUGGAAAUAACAAGGGGAUCAGAACUGCAGGUCUGUUUGCAAGUGUAUUUGUAUUUAUUUAUUUUAUUUACUUUUUAAUAGGGGCCUUGGGAAGUGCAGUGCCUCCCCCCCAGCUGAAGUAAAAGCAAAGCAGACAGAGGCACGCCAAACACUUCUCCUUGGCCCUCACCAGACACCCUCCCGCUGCCACUGCCCUCCUCCUAGGUCUUGUACAAGCAGCUGGCAGAGGAGCAGAUGCAGCAGGGAGGGAGGGAGAGCCCCUUCACACAGAGUGCUCCCUCACACGGUCCAACUGCGAGUGAGGGAGUGCACGCACCUUCGCUUUGGCUCCUGAGAGGCCAUUGGCGUCACCUUGUGCACCUUCUUCGCUGCUGCUUCUCUCUCUCCUCAGAAACGUGGUUCCUGCCUCACAAAUCUGGUUCCCCGCUCCCUCGUCGAUCUGGCAGGGUUUUUUGGGGGAGAAGAUGCAGCUCACUCACUGGGUCUUGCGGUGACGGGGGCCACUCCCCCUGCCGUGUACUGUACAUGGUGGUGGCCUGCAGGUGGGUGGUGUGAUGCCUCCUCUUCUAUGAGGAGUGCGGCGGGAGGGGGGUUGGUGGCGGGAGCAAGGAGGUGGAAAAAUAAUGAUGGUGAUGACGUUAAUAAUAAAAAUAAAGCCCACCUCCUCCUCCUCUGUCUUCUGCUCUCUAGUAGGCUGGAGCUCUGCUGCCAAGGCUCCGCCGCCAAACCUGUGCACCAGACACGGUGAUGGUGGUUGUGGUGGUGCUGAGGGUGGAGGAAGCUGAGUUGUGGUGAGGUGGGCAGGACCCAAGAGGAGGAGCUGGCAGAGGCAGCGGCAGAAGGUGGAGCUCCAUUUGACAGCACACGAGGGGAAAGGGGGGAGAGGAGGGAACAGCGAGGCCAGACAUUCUGGCCCAUCAGGCGCUGGCCCUCCUCUGCUCCCAGCUUUGGUCACACAGUGGCAGUGGCCGCCUCUCGCUCUCUGGCGGGUACCUUGUGGCCCCGUUGCCUCAGAUGCCCCCGUCACACUAUGUGUCUCUCCUUUCUGCCUCACGUAGUGCUGGAACAAUGGUACCAAACAAAAAAAUCCCAGACAUUGCACACGACACGACAGUCACUAACUGAUUGUGCCGUGGGCCCCUUACCCAACCUGUUGCACCUCCCACACCAUACCUCUCCCUACCCUAAACCAUGGUGAUUAGGCUCCCCAGCUCCUCUCCCAGAGACAUCUCCCCUCCUUCAAUAAAAGAAUGUCAGGUUAUAACAUUUAUCAGUAACUUUGCUUUCCUUGGCUACCCACUUGCUUUUUUGCAUUUGGCAUCACUUAGUCUCUUCAUCGCUUGGCAGCUAGGAGUGUUCCUUGCCACUAGUCAUGCAGCCUGUCUUGCACACAUGGAACGCAGUCACUGGUAGUGCAUGCAUGGCAACCGGCAGUGAUGCAAUGUGGCAGAUCAGCGUCAGCAAUGGUUGAGGUUUGUUCAAUUGAAUUGCCUUCUCUUCAAAUUUUCCACCCUGGGCAACUUCCUGGUUUGUCCUACCAUAAGUAUGUUUCCCUGGAAUGCUCCGCUUUCCAUUUCAGUCACUUUCCAGAGGGUGGUGCAUAAACAGUUUUGUUUGACUUCAAUGUGGGUUUCUGCAAGGGUUGAUUUUACCCCCAUACUGUUUAAUGUCUACAUAGAACUGCUGAGCAGGAUCACCUGGAGAUGUGGAGUAUGUUGUCAUAAAUAUGCUGAUGAUAUUCAGUUCCAUUUUUCCAUUGCCCACCCUGUGGAUCACCCUCCCAUCAGAUGUCAAGGAGAUGAGUAACUAUAACAUUUAGAAAACAUCUGAAGGCAGAUUUAUAGGGAAGCUUUUUAAUGUGUAAUGUUUUAUUAUGUUUUUAUAUAUGUUGGCAGCGGCUCUGAUUAUUAUUAUUAUUAUUAUUAUUAUUAUUAUUAUUAUUAGCACAUAUCCACCAUGUAAAACUAGUUUUGGAUUGGCUCAAUUUCCUGUAUAUAGCUACAGUUUCUGCUGUACUUCCUUUGCCAAAUAAUUCUGGUAAAGUUGUUGCUCAGAUGCAUUGAACACACACACUCAGAUGCCCUGACACACACACACACACACACACACACACACACACACACACUCUUCACACACACACAUUUUCAUGGAAAACAAUGCACCUACCUUGGCACACACAUAGUUUGACUCCACACAUGCACAUCCUUGUCUUGAGUGACCAUCAACUUAGCUUCCUUUACUGUGUCAAGUACCUUUGACUUUAAAACCACCACCAGCAGUUUCUGACCAUACCUCCACCUUUUUGAAAAUAUGGGUUAACAUGCUCCCAAGUCAGGUUUGAGAUGCUUGGCCAUUGGUUUUUUGAGGUGCUGUAAUAUGCACUUAAGACAAACAAUGUAUUUUUUUGCAUGCAAUUCUGCACCUAUAAUUUCAGAUAUACAAAAGCAAAGCAAUUAUUAUUCAGACUAAGUAUUAUUAUAAUUAUCAUGCAUUGGCAUCAUUAUUCAUAAAUCACAAAGCAAAUCUAGAAUGUCAUCUUUCUGUUACUCAAAUCAUGAAUAGAAAGUGAUAAUUUGGGAAUAGCUUACAGUCAUUUACAUAGUUGAUAUUAAAAAUAUAAACAUUAAUACUGAGAGAAUCUGAUGACAGAGCUAUUUAUAAUGAUUGCUUGAAUCUAUAAAAAACGAACACAAUUUUCUAAAAUUUGGAAAACUACAUGGAACUAAAUUUUGAAAAUUUUGAAUAGGUUUUUGAAUAUCAAUAUAUAUUUUAAGCUAUGUUUGAGGGCUUCUUUCAGAAUUAAUCCCUUGAUUCUUACAGUGGUGAAGCAUUCAGUAGUGAAGUCCAAAAAGCUUCCAAUAUUCGUAGUCCAAAAUUCAAAUAUAUUUUGCAAGUAUUUGUAAAUUAGGGUUCUAGAUGUUAAAUUUGUUCCACGCCGUGUGUGUAUUUUCAUGGCAGAGCUCAUUGCAUCAGAUCUGUGUUUAUCCCAAAUUUCCAAGGUGGUGUUAUAUGUGGAACCUCAGGAAUAAUUUUGUUACUGUCGUGUGUUUCUUAAAGCCAUUUCUCUGCUGUGGCAGUUGAAAUUAUUUUGCCUCUAAGUGUGCCAUUAUAUGUAAUGACACAUCCAAAUUGUGACCUUAUACUUCUAGAAUGCCAUAUCCUUUGAGUGCUUCUCAGGAAUAGUCUUAUUUCUGCUGCAUAUGUACACACUUCCCCUGAUUGCAACCACACCACCCUUUUUAGAAUGUCAGCAAAUGCAAUAAAAUGGUUUCUUUCAAUUUGGAAAUUCAUUGUUUUCUUUUAGGUGUAAUGGAUUCUUCACCCUACCUUCUUUUGCUCAGAUCUUUUCAGCAGUUCCCUUUUCUGUCCUCCUUUUCUUCAGUUAGACUUCUAUCUUUUUAAGUUUCAGUAGAAUCUUUCAUGCCCCUUUUCUGUACACUAGCCGUUCAAACAUAAAUUUAGGCCAAGUAUUCUGUUUGGUUUCAUUUUUCUGCUUCUGCAACUGUAAAAGCCCACUUGAAAGAUUACUUAGUGGGGAUUUUCCUGCUGUUGAGCCUGCUUGCUUGUUCUCAGAAGGGCACCUUUUCAUUUUCUGAUUUUAUGUUUCCCUUUCCUUGAAGUUUAUUUAAAUUUUCAGAGGGAAAGGGGGAGGUGGGUAGCAAUCUGGAGGCCACAAGCAUUCAUUGGGAAUACUGAACUGCAACACUCAGUUAUAAGAAAAAAUAUUCAUAAGACUUCAAUAUCAUUAAUACUAGAAAUGUGACUCUAUUAGAACUGUAAUUUUUCAAAUAUGAUUGAAAGCAAUAUUUGUUCUGUUAUUAUAAUAAACUAAGUUAUUAUACUAAAUUAGCCGGUGUGGCAUAGUGAUUAGCAGUCUAGGACCUGGGAAACCAGGGUUCAAAUUCCCACUUGGCCAUGAAAGUUAAUGAGUGACCUUGGGUCACCCACUGCCUCUCAGCCUAACCUACCUCGCAGGAUUAUUGUGAGGAUUCAGUGAGGAGGGAGAGAAUAAUGUAUGCCACCUUGAACAUACUGUAUUUUUGAGAGGUGCAGAAACUGCACUUCGGCUGGAAAAAAGUACUGGGCUUUAUUCAGAGUGGAUACUGCGUCUGCAACAGUGUCGGCUGCUUCUGCAUUAGCUUUGAAUCAUCUUACCCUACAGAGAAGCAGAAAGCUGGCAUGUGGAACAGUUAUGUAUUUUUGUGUAUGUUUGUGAUGUCGUAGAGGCUGUGUCCUAUCUGUGUACUAUACAGCCUCCUGCUAAUUGUCAAAAAAGUUUCAAAACAACAACAGCAUUUUUAUUAUUCGUUGUAUCUAUUCAUAUUUAUCAUUAUUUAUAUCAUAUCUUCACAAUCUACUCAACCCUUCCUUUGCAUGAACUUCUAUUUGAAUGGAAUUUGCAUAGGAGAAACAAUUGGCAAAUUGCAGCCCUAAAUCCAUACUGUCAUCCUUGAUUGCUCUCAGAUUAAAAGAGCCUAAGGAGACAUCUAUAUCCUGGGCACUAUCAACUCUCAAGGUCAACUAAAAUUCCCACAUAUAGAGAACAAUAGAGGAUUGCUUACCAUCUCUUCUGGCCCUAGGUCAGAAAGAAAAUAAGCCCUAUGUUUUCUAGGCUCAUUUGGCACAAUAACAGCCACUCAGUUCUUUGAAAGAACAUCCUGAGAAAAUGAUGGAAUUUAUAUAAUUGUUCUUUAUGCAUCCAAAUCCUACAGUGAAAAUCUUUUUUGUAAUGAAGGGGCUGUCAUGAACUGGAUACAACAAGCCACUUCUUUAAAAAGGAGAUGUGCACAUUUAUUCAGUUGUUGAGGGAGCCAGAACAUAAGAAGGCUGUGCUGGUGCUUAAAGUUCUCACAGAGCCAUAGUUAUUUUCUUUCUUUGUAGUAGCAUGGAAGCAGAAUCUGCCAAUAACCCUAGUGUGUUAUCAUUGGCAGUGAUACCUUGGUAGACUAACUGAUGUUUCUUUUACUAUUAAGGACUACUUGCCAAAUUGUAAGAAAUAAAAAUUUAAGAUUUUUAAAAUUAAGUUACUAUUUUUACAGAGACAUGGAAUGAGCAAAUUAUUUUAAAAAUAUUUUAUUUCUGUAUUGAAUACAUAAAUAUAUACAUUAUUGUCCUUAGUCCUGGAAAGGGCAGUGGAAUGUAUUGUCUGCUGCAUUGAGGCUCUUCUGGCUCCUGCUACCCAGGACUAAUAUAUUUUACUUUUUUUGCUAUGCCAGCUUCAGGGUAUUGCAGCCGAUGGGCUGAAGACUGGACCUCUUGGGAGAUCCACAGGGGUUUUGAUCCCAUAGAUCCACACCAAAAUGCUGUGUUUGGUGGCUUUCCACUGGCUACUAUCAGCAAGAUGACUGUUAGUUGCUGCCCACUAUGGUGAAGGUCAGGCCUCUCCAGCGGCAAAGUUCUACCAUCAGUAGUGGAGAAAGCUGGAGACUACAUUGCAUCCUACUUCCUGGCCCUAGCCUUCAGCAGUGUGUGUGUUUUCAGCUUUUCAAUUUAAAACUUACCAAUAACCUAUUUAUUGAUUAUGCAACCAGUAAGCUUUUAAUAAGCACCAUUGUCUAUUCCUGCACCCACCUCCCUCUCUCGGGCUGUGUUUGUCACUGUGCUAAGAGAAUCAUAGACUCACAGAACCACCGGAUUGGAUGGGCUUCCGAUGGUCAUCCAGCCCAACCCCCGACAAGGCUGGAAUCUCCAAUUUGCCCUGGCAGGUCAGGUUUCCUGGAGGCUGGUAGAGUGUAUGCUCUUUCCUUAAAGACAGCUGCCAGUGGGGAAUGUAUACAGUUGGGAGGUGCAUAGGAGGCAUGGAGGGAGCUGAAACUGGAGCAGGAGCCUGCCUUGUUCUCCUCCAACAUUGGAUGGAGAUAGCAGCUCUCUAGGCUGUGCUGCCUCCAUCACUUGCGGUCUGAGGGCGUCCACUUGGGUGCUCGCCUCCCAGCAAGGAUGGGGCACGCAUCACAGCCGAGCACUGUUUGUGUUGCCACCACACACUGCUCACUGCCUUGCCCUUGGCACCCCCUCCCCCACAACCCAUGCUGAGACGGCUAGCACACUGCACUCUUGGGGAUACAAGGAGACAUAGGCACCCCGUGUUGUCCUGUGGAGUUUGAUGGCUCCUUCUCCCUCCUUCCCUGCCUUGCCCAGCACAUCUGCUGUGACCUGUGUGCCAUGAGGAGGCACCAGUUCCUGCUGGGGCCAAAGAGGGCACCAAGCCACCACCUCUCCGCCUAUGCUGCCGAUAUCACCAGGGUUGUAACUGGAUCUACAAGUUCCCUGAAAACAGUAUCUUUUGGGGCCCCAAUCUCAUGGGAACCAAAACAGGACAUCCCGAGAUCCAAUCAGAAGCCGGAAUGGCUUCUGUAAUUCCAGGAUGCCUGCUAGUGGAACAAUUGAGAGGUAUGGAAACUUUAUCUGGUCCAAAAUGCAGCAGCCAGAUUUCUGGCUCGGGUUUCAUUUAGAAUUCAUAGAACCCUUGUUUUAAAAUGUGCAUUUGUUGUCCGUUAAUUUCUGGGCCCAGUUUAAGUGUUUAAAAUCCUAAAUGACUUAAGCCCCAAGCAUCUAAAAGACUGCCCCCUUCCCUACAGAUGCUCUCAGGUCUUAAGAUCAGCAGAGGAGCCCUCUAUUUAGUCCUAUCAUUCUCAGAAGUUCUUGUGGUAGUGACCUGGGGAAAGCAUUCUCUGUGAUAGCUCCAAGUUGUAAAAUUCCUCUCUACAGGCACCUUCAUUAUAUAUUUUCCAUCAUAUUCUGAAGAUCUACUUCUUUGCUUUUGACACCUAAGAUACAUAUUUUCAGAACCCAUCCUGAACUGUGAUUGUAAUUUGUUUUAAUUUGUUUCUAAUAUUAAUAUCAAAUUUAAAAUUGCUGUAAUAUGUACUACUAAUAAUGAUGAUGGUAAUAAUAAGUAAUAAAAAUUGUAAGGGACAUUUCACACAUUUCCUGACAACAUACAUAGUUUUGCUAUCAAGUAUACACUCAAAUGGGAGCGGUAGCCAAUCCCAAUCUAAUUUAUUUAGUUGCAUAUUACACAUUUGUAAAUUAGUGCAUUGCAUGGAUACUUCAGUGGUGUAGUAGUUAAGAGCAGUAGACUCGUAAUCUGGUGAACUGGAUUCGUGUCCCUGCUCCUCCACAUGCAGCUGCUGGGUGACCUUGGGCUAGUCACUCUUCUCUGAAGACUCUCAGCCCCACUCGCCUCACAGAGUGUUUGUUGUGGGGGAGGAAGGGAAAGGAGAAUGUUAGCCGCUUUGAGACUCCUUCAGGUAGUGAUAAAGCGGGAUAUCAAAUCCAAACUCUUCUUCAUCAUAUUUUUAAUGUACAAAGUAUUUUAAAAGAUGUGGUAAUGUGUGGUGUCCCUUAUUUCCCCCCGCCUCCCCUAUUCCCAAGGGAACUAAACGCAGAUUACAUCCUAGUACAGAAUUAUCCAUUUCCAUCCAUAGGAAGAUUUUUUUCUUGAGGUCCCAUUGCACAAAAGUUGCCUGAAUGAAAUUUUAUAAGGGACACUGUAGGAAUAUUUUCUAAUCAAGCCCAUGCUCUCCCUCUUGGCGGAGUUAUUUCUCAUUGAUUCAUCCACAAAAACAUCUGUUCUUGUCUCCUUUAUGUUACUGAAGUGUGACAAAUUGGCUGUCAAGAAUACUGCUCAUUUUCCUUUAAGCCUAUACUUCCUCCAAAGUGUCAUUUUAUGAAGUGCUUUUAAAGUCUUGUUUUCCUGUGUUGUUUUGCUUUUCCAGGGAAUAAUACCACACUUGUAAAUAGGGACUGACUGGGCAAUUGAACGGCCUUAUAUAAUGAAGUGGAGUGAUGGGCCAGUUCUUUUCCAUAGGAAGCAGUGUGGUGAGUGGGUGGGAGGUUAUUCUUGGAGAAAAGCCUUAGUGGAUCACCUGAUUUCUGUUUUUCCUUUUUAAUUAAAUAUGUAUUUUAGAAAGUGGUGGAAAAUGGGAUUUCUUUGUCACAGAUUUGCUAGGUGGGUGAAAGACUUUGCAUUCUCUAUGGCUAACAAAUAUGCAUUCUUUGCACAAUAAAAUGACUAUCUGGAAAUGCCCAAAUUGGAAGUAUGUGUAAUGUCUACUAUGUUAUCUUGAUUGUAAUUUAAUAUACUAUAAUUGUUUUUUCUUAUUAUUGUUCUGUUGAUUCAGUAAGCAAAUAACUUGAAAAAGGCUUCAGGCUGAGAUAGCAUUUUAACUAAGCACCUAAACAUGUGAAAGCCAGCAACUGCUCUACCUCUUGCAUGCUAUGCAUCCCGCUUCCCACCUCCCCAUCUAUGGUCCUGCCCACUGCAUUAUCCUUUUAACCCACACAACAGCAGCUGAACAAGGGAAAAAACAAUAAAUCCAUAAAAUACCCAUUCAGUAAAUCCACUUGCAUCACAAUUAACACCAGCUGUAGCCAAUUAAUCUCCCUCUGCCAUUCAUAUGCUGCGAAGCCAAGUAUGAAACCUUUGCUUCCCAGCCUCUUUAGAGGUAUUAAAAACCAAGGCUGGUCCUUGUUUACUUAUGAUGCUCUUGCAAGAAUUGCAGGCUCCAUUUUUGUCAUUCGUCAUGGGGAGCAUUCAGGAAGGACUGUUUUCUUACAUUAACUCGGGCUAUUUAAACCUACAGUACUGGCUUUUAUGGAUUUUUCUGUGAUAUCCUAGGACAACAGGAAACCAUCAUGAUGCUGUUGUUGUUGUUGUUGUUGUUGUUGUUGCUUCUGUGAAUUUUCAUUUUUCACAUAAAACAUAAAACAACAUAACUCACAACACAUCACCCACUUUGCUUAAAAAUACCAAUUUCAGUUCUUACAAUUUAUUCCAAAAACCUUUCCACAUAUUACUAUGAGAUAUCAGGGGAUUAUAAACCUUUUGCCAUACAUUAUAGAAAAUAUGGGGAUUAGAAUUCCCUUUGGUCGCAUGAAUUUGGCAUGUCAGCUUUUCAGCCAGGGUUAUUGUCCAUGCUGUGGAGUACCAUGCUUCAAUGUUCAAACUCAAGGCAGUGCGCCAUUACAUGGUUAAUUCCAUACAUGCCGCCAUGAGGAGGAAUGUUGAAGGUUCCUUUAUAAACAGUUGGUGGAGUAGACAUGUCCUUUAUUCCAAGUAAAACAAAUUGAGGGGAAGGCUGUUUAUUAAACUCAACUAUUUAAAUACCAAAACAGGUUUGCAAAACCAAAUAUGUAUGUAAGAUCCCAUUUCCCACAUCCCCUGCAACAAGUUGAUGUUGCCCCAGUAUUAUGUGCCAGGGGUACAUGAUACCACUUCUGUAAGUUCCAAAGAGGAUUCACUUACUUGAACUGAAACUGUUUUAAAAGGUUUUUCUCCCAAAGUAUGUUUCACUUUUCAUUAGAGAUUAUUACUUGAAGGUCCAUUUUCCAAGGAAUUUUUGCAGCCAUAAGAUAGCCAAAUUCUACCUCAAUUAAUAUUUUGUAUAUGGUUGAUACUGCAUCCUUUAAUGUAGCAGGAACAUUGACCAUAAGUUUUAAAGCAAUCAGCUCUUUGUCUGGGUUUUAUCAGAAAGAAAAACAAUUGAUUAAAAUUAAACCAUGACCAUGUUAACAUUGAGAAUUUUAGCCAAAAUCUGUUCUUUAUGUAGUGGGGAAUCACUUACAUAAAAAUCCCAGAAUAUAUCCCUACUUGUUCCUAGCCUUCACAAAACGUGGGGUGCUUUGUAAAUCGAAUCAGCAGGGAGAUCAGGGGAGCAGCUUUCUUGUAUAUUUUUCACCAAGCACUUAACACACUGAAUAAAAAUGAAUUUUCUACCUUAAGAAUUAAUGUUGAGGUAGUGGUGAGAAAGGGCCAUGUCCUAAACUUAUAAAGUUCCAAUUCUAUUGGCUUUCCUCCUGGAUCUUGAAUCAAAGACACCAAGUUCGAAUAGGGCAUUCCCAGACCUCCCUUGUUGCAUUAUUAUACAAUAUUUUCUGCAUAACCUAAGAAUGAAUUUACCUAGUAAUCUCUGCCAAACUUAAGUUGUUUAAGCAUUAUAUUUAUGGGCAGGACCUGAAAUGGAUAAAGAAACUUUGAUAGCUUCACAGUCACAGCAUGGCCCAACCAAGAAAGGUUAAGACCCUCUCAGGAUGUUAUGGCGCUGUUAGGCACAGAAUGUCCAGAGUGAGGAAUUAACUCCUUAUUGUCAAAAGGCAAUAUGGGAAGGCAUGUCCAUCAGUCCUACGUCUCUCAGCUACUGCUAGGUAUGCAGCCAAUGUGGCAGUUGCCGCAACAGGGAGACUCCCGUCCCCCGGCUUAUGUAUUUCCCAACUUAGAGCUGCACGCAAGCAGGCGAAGACUCAGCCUGCGUGGAACCAAUCCUCUUCCGGUCCUGGGAGACAGUAGAGCAAGAGAGGUGCAGGAGGCAGGGUGGAAGCUCUUGACUCUACAACAGCCUGACCCAUCUCUCCCUCUUCCACCUGUUUUUCAUUCUCUAGUCCUGCAGCUUCUCCUGCCUCUGACUCCUCUCUCUUGGCUGUUACAGGUUCUCCCAGUUCACCUAGCCCUUCUUCCAACACCAAUCCCUCUUCUCCUAGUUCCCACUCACCAGUAUCCAGCCACCACUUGUCAAUGUCCAGCCAGUCCCUGACCCAGGAUUUCAAUUGGUUUUCAUCUAUGUUUGGAUACUGCUAGACACCAUUUUCAAUCAAGAUGAUACCAAGUCAUUCCAAACUGCACUGAUUUUGAUGCGUCUGCAGAUAUAGUCACCAAAUUUGGUGUGAUGGUUUCUGAGAUGGAGGAGCAGGUUUGGCCUAAUGCUGGAUGUUAUUUUGCAUUAAGAUGACAGAUCAGACUUUCCAAACAGCACAGAUCUGUUCGAUUCUGAAGAUAUCAUUGCCCAUUUUGCCAUGAUGGGACUGGGGAGUGGGUUUGGGCUAUAUUUGGAUACCAUUUGAAUCAAGAUAGUGGACCAAAAAGUUCCAAAUUGCAUUGAUUUGUACACCUAUAAAGAGAUCGUGAACAAAUUUGGCAUGACAGAUCUUGAGGUCAAGGAGCAUGUUUUUGCUCUACAUUUGUUUACUGUUGGAUGCCAUUUGAAUCAAGAUAGCAGACUGAACCAUUCCAAACUGCACUGAUUUAGACAUCUCUGAAGAUAGCAUCACCCAAUUUGGUGUGAUGAUUCUUGAGGAGUGAGUUGUGGUCUAUAUUUGGAGACUCUCACACACCAUCUUGAAUCAAGAUGGCAGACUGAAGUGUUAUAAACUGAAUGCAUUUAGACACCUCUGAAGAUAAGAUUUUGAAGAUGUUGGACUCAACUUUUCAAAACUACAAAUUUUAACAAUAUCUGGCAGGAAACUGAAAGGGCAAUGCACAAGAUAUGGUAGAAGCCCAAUUCCAAACUGAAUUGGGCCAAUUCAGGUGGAUCUAGAUUUUGACUGAGUCAGGUCAAGGCAGCCCUGGAUUCCUUUGGUUGGGCUACCUGGAGCAAUCGGGGGCUAUGUGCGGCAGGGCAUCAGGAAGGAGAAAGAAGAGGUAGGCAGCUUCUGUAAAGAAGAGCAUGGGGCUGUUGGCAAUAGAACUUUCAAACAGUCAUGCACUAUACUUUGGCAAUGUUGGUCCACUUCAGACAGCCUCUUCCCAUGAUGUGGCAGCAGCGGUGGCAGCACCAGCGAUGGAAGUUAAGUAAGCGACAGCCAUGGGACAGCCAUGGAGUGGGAGCAGGUAGUGUCACUGCCAGUUGUGAUGGAGGCGGUGGGGAUGAUAGGGGCCUGUACUUUACUGAGCCGGUACACAUUUGGGAUAGUGGCAUGAGAGGGGCGGACUUGCAGUCCUAGCACAGCAGCCAUCAGUAACUGUCUGCCAAGAGUGCAGUAUUCUUGGCUGUAGGGAUCUGCUUCAGCAUUAUGUUCUGCACAUGGAACAUGCUGGCAAAACAACACCCAGCAGGUUUGAACUCUCCUACACUCUGCAGUGUGAAAUAUAGCAUUUUCACCCCCCACACCCUUCCUGACUGUAUGGGGUUUAAAAGGCCCUAGUUAAACAGUGAUUUGUGGCUAGAUCCUGCUUGAGUGUUCCCUGAUUCAGUUCAGAGGAUCUAUCUAUUUAUAAACCUGAGCAUUUUUUGUUUGUUUGUUUGUUUCUUAGAAUUCCUGAGCAAUGCUGGUAUUUUCUGCUAGUUUGUGGCUAAUUUGAGACAUUAUUGACUCAGAAGGGGCUAAUGUAUGUGUACAUUUUGUGUACAUUUCAUGUAAUUCUGUCAAAUAGAUAAAAAUUUAAAGGUGUUUUUUUAUUAUUUCCCCAUAGUACCACAUGAGAAUGGGCCUUUUCAGAGGUGCCCCACUGACUAUGGAACACUCUCUUAAGUGAGACAUGCCUGGCAUCACCUUCAUCAGUUUUAGAUGCCAGGCUAAGACUUUUCUGUUUACUCAAGCCUUCAGAGUGGAAGUGGGUAUAAAUAACAAAUUAUUAUUAUUAUUAUUAUUAUUAUUAUUAUUAUUAUUAUUAUUAUUAUUUAAUAAUAAUAUUCCCCGGAGUGGAAGUGGGUAUAAAUAACAAAUUAUUAUUAUUAUUAUUAUUAUUAUUAUUAUUAUUUAAUUAAUUAAUUUGCUUUUGGCUGAGCAUUUUAAGUAUGUUGUAUUGUUAGUGAUUUAAAUUUUCUCUGGUUUUAAAUUGUUUUAUAUGCUGUAUUUUAUUGUGAAGUUGCACCGAGACUUUACUGUAAACUGUAACUGAGAGAUAUUUAAAUAAUAAUACUAAAACUAAAAAUAAUACUAAAUACUACUACUACUAAUAAUAAUAAUUAAUAAGCCCAAGUCCAACUUCUGGUUUUCUUGCUGUAUUGCUGUAAAAAGAAGGGUAGGAUGAUAGCAGGAUUAAAAUUAAAGGAUUAUUUUUGCUUUCGUGUAAUGGAAAACACAUGUUCUUCCAGAAUUCCACUCAUAGUAAUGCUAUAUCAUAAUGCAGCAUUGUUCUGUGACAAUCAGGAAGUGGGGAAAUGGCUGAUAACGAAAGGUGGUCACCUCAAGGAGCUCUGUAAAAUAGCCUUCAAAUUUGCCUGCAAAAUGUGCAGUAUAUGAUUUAUCCAUGCACUUAAUUUCCACUGCUUAUAAUGGGAUUUUGUUGUAAAUGACGUUUCUUAGAUUGCACCGAGGAAGUUUAUCUCAAGAAGUGUAUCUCUAAUAAACCACUUUAAAAAUGUAAUUUUAGAUAUCCCUCAAAAUUACACAAAUAAAAUAAAAACAUAAUACAAGAUUAUAGUGUAUUGUGUUUGCAACAAUGUUGCUGUUGUUGGCAUCUGUCUGUUUCGGGAGACAAUGGAGGAGUGUGCCUUUGGGGAUGAAGUCUGACUCAAAACUGUUGGAAGGUUACAGCGGCUGCUAUGGCUGUAGAGAUCAAUAUGGGAGAUAAAUGUUUGGUUGCAGCUGGGGCAGAUGAAGGUGUCCAGUUGUACUGCUGCAGAUGCAUUUCUUAUCUCUGGACCUCUCCCCAGUGGUCAUUCCUCCUCUGGUCACUGCUAUGGAUGCAUGACCUGACUGCCUGUCUCCAGUCGCUGUGGUAUAAAACUAAAAGGCUGAAAGAUUGGAGUACAGUGGUACCUCAGGUUACAUACGCUUCAGGUUACAUACGCUUCAGGUUACAGACUCCGCUAACCCAGAAAUAUUACCUCGGGUUAAGAACUUUGCUUCAGGAUGAGAACAGAAAUCGUGCUCCGGCGGCGCAGCGGCAGCAGGAGGCCCCAUUAGCUAAAGUGGUGCUUCAGGUUAAGAACAGUUUCAGGUUAAGUACGGACCUCCGGAAUGAAUUAAGUACUUAACCCGAGGUACCACUGUAGCUAUAAUGUUGGAGGCUGUAAUCCUGUGCACACUUGCAUGGGAGUAGGUGACAUAAAACAGAGUGAGACUUUUGUCUGAGUAAUCACGCUAAGGAUUGGACUCCAUAUCAAGUUAUUACAAAAAGUAUUUUAUUGCUAUAUUAGUAAUUACCUUUUGCUUCAAAUGAAAGCAUGAUUCUUAAAAUCUGUCCAAUACUACCUAUUGCCUUCCACUGCAAAUUUAGAAUAAGUUCCAUUCUCUUUCAUUAGUUAACAUUCAGUGCAUUUAUAUAUAGCAAUAUGUAAUUAUACGUUUGUGUUGUCAUGGCAAUUUAGGGCUGGAGUUGCCAGACUGCAACAAUAUUUCACUGUAACAGAGCAGUCCACAUGAAACAUGGAAUUGUAUAAUAUAAACAAUAUCAUAUUUAUAUUGAUUUUUAAUAUAUGGAAAUCCCUACUCACUUGUUUUGUGCUAAGCUAUUUUGGGAUGUAUAAGGAUUUCAGAGCAACUAUUUUAGAAACAUGAAUUAACCAUUUGUGAAACAAAUUCAUGGCAGGCAGUUGUGUGCAUUACCAAUGGCUAGAUACAGCAAAUCUUCAGCCAGAGCCUAUUAGUAUUGCAGCGAUCACCAUGUUGAGACACUGAUCCCCAGCUAAAAGAUGAAUAACAGUGGUAUGAGAAUACUGCAAAAUUUUUGCCUUCUCAAAUAAUUUGCUUCUAACUUGGCUGAUUGUUGUUGUUUAGUCAUAACAAAAUGUAUACCUUAUUCAAGGUUGCUAAAACAGCUGUUUGUUUUUUUUUAAAAAAUAGUCACACCAACAUUACUCUAGAUUGUAGAUAAAAUAAAUUACUAGUUUAAAACAGUUCUAACAGCGAAACCAGAGAAGGCAUUAGGUAAAACAUCAAGAACACAGAACAAAAACUUAAGAUAAACACCAAAAGGCCAUAUAAAUAGACUAGCAUUCCAGUGGCACUAAAACAAAUAUUAAGAAUGUGCUGGGUGGAUUUCUCACUGGAGGGAGCUCCACAGUUGGUACAAUCCAUCCCCCCCCCCAAAGCCCUCUCUCUGACAGCUCCCUACCUGAAUUCCUAAAUGUCCUAAUGGGAUAUCCUCAGAAGAGCUUCCAACAGUCUUUGCUGCUGGAGAGGUACACAUGGAUCACUUUAUUGUUCAGGUAUCCUAGUUCCAAACAAUAGAGCAUGUCUUGGCAGAUUUAUAGACAGUUGCUGCCAGGUUCUGCUGGGUAACUCCCUAGUUAUCACGUUUAUCUUUUCAAUUCUGUUUUAGGUAUUUUGCACAACUGCUACUGUUUCAUGCUAGGCCAGUAGAGGGUAUCUCUUGCCCUUCUCUUGCACAAUACCAUCCAAAGUUGCCAUCUGGGAACACUGUCCUGCCCACUUUCAAAGUCUGACCUUAUUCCAGAAAUCUCUUGUGGCCAAUGGAACUUGAUGCCUGUGUGUAGGCCAUUCUGCACAUACAGAUUCUGUUUGGACAGACAUUACAUCUUUUCUUUCUGUUUUCUGCCUGAUUUCUUACAGUUUGUUUGUUGCAGGGAGGUGUUGUAGUGUCAUGUGCACCUGCUCUUAUAAGUCUUCCUGUUCUUUGGCAUUUUGUCCUACACAGUUGCAUGAGAGCAGACCAGUGAUGGGGAUGUCUUUCCUGGACUCGUAUGUUACUUUUAAAUUGUAUUGUUGCAGUUUUAGGAUCAUGCAUUGAUGUUUUGGUGCAGCAGAUGCUAAGUUUCUAUAGUGUGCUUUUCAGGGGUUUGUGAUUGGUAUUUGUUUAUUUCACAAAAUUUAUAUACUGUUUGAUUACAGAAAGAAUAAAACAAUAACAUUUUCAGUAAAAAAAAUCUUAAAAACAAUUAUUAUUGUAUUUUUAUGCUAUAAACUGCCUUGAGAUUUCAGAUGAAGGGCGGUACACAAAACAAACAAGCAAACAAACUGAAUUAUUUAAAACAUUCAGAAAUAAUUAAAAUCAACAAGAAGCUAAAAAACCAGAUUAUCUCAUUUCAUAUCAAUGCAAGUUACUAGCGCAAGCAACAGGCCUCCCUCUAGAUUUGAGGGAGCUUUCCAGGAGCUGGUUUCCUGGGUUAUAACUGUUUCUCUUAAAGGGACCAUGUGCCAGAUGAUAAUACAUACAUUGCUGAGCAGGGGUAAGGAACAUUUUUUUCGGUUGGAGGGCCACCCUCCCUUCUGAGAAACCUUUCAGCGGCCACACGCCAUUGGUGGAUUGGGACAAAGGCAAAAGUGGGCAGAACAAGAAAUGUGAAUUUUAACUUUUAUAAUAGGCUAAUUUCUGCCCACUCACAUGGCCCUCACUAUCCUCCUUCCAGGCAAGCGUGAAGGACGCAGCCAGGCAAAUGCACUCAAGGAAGGGUGCAAGGAUGGGGGUUUGACAUGAGAGGUGUAUGGCCUGGGGAGAGCCCCAAAGGUCAUCUAGACAGGCCUGGAGGGCUGCUUGUGGCCCCUGAGUCUGAGGUUCCCCAUCUCUGAUGCAAAGGUUUUUAAAUUAAAAUCAGCAUUUUGAAUUGUGUCUGGAAAACAGAAUGGAAGCUCACGUAUAGAAGAAUAGGCGUGAAUGUUCACUUAGCUGUGAGCCUCUGUCAAACAGCAGAAGUUCCUUAACUUUUGUCUGGUCCAGUUUUGUGGGACCAGUUUUAGUUUCUGAGGCCUGAGGAUGUGGACAUGAUGCUUCAAUUACAUGCCCUCUCAACCUCUGCCCUGAGUCAGAAGAGGCUGUGAAGGUCCUGGACUGUUGUCUAGAUGCAGUGGUAGGCUGGAUGAGGGCCAGUAAGCUGAAGAUGAAUCCUGACAGAAUGGAAGCACUGUGGAUGGGUGAUCCCCUUGUCUGGGAAUUAAAGAAUUAGUGACUCUUACAUCAGUACUUUCAAGGUUAGAUUAUUGUAAUGCAUUCUACAUGGCACUGCAUUUGAGGUUGGCUUGAAAGCUUCAGCUCGUACCAAAUGCUGCAGCUACACUUUUAAGUGAGACAGCCUACCCGGAAGAUAUUACACCAGUUCUGAAGGAAUUGCACAGACUGUCAAUAUUCUGCUGAACCACGUUCAAGGUGCAUGUUGACAUACUAAUAUCUAUGUGGAUUAUGACUUGGCUAUUUGAUGGAGCAGCCUCUUACUUACUUGUCUAGAUAUUAAGAUUUAAUGGAUAUGUUUCCUUGAUUGGGCUGCAAUUGCCAGGGAAUUAACAUGUUGCAGCCCAAGAGAGUUGCAACAUAUAUCAAGAGAGUUCUUGAUAUACGCACUCCUGUUACAAAACUUACUAGUUUUAAUCAUUUCAUUUUAUUUUUAGUGGAAUGGUGCAGCACUUCUGUAUUGGCUCCACUGGUGUACCCAUACAGCCUCAACAUCACUGCUGCCCUGCCCUGUUCCAAUAAGUGGCUGUGACACUGGUGUUGGGAAGUUGGCUCUUCAAUACUACCGUACUCUGCUGGCUGCUGUUAACAACUAAAGUGUUAACUAGGCACUCUUGUUUACAAUAUAAGUGUCUUGCUAGAUCGGACUAAAGUCCAUCUAGUUUAGUAUUAUUUGGAAGACUCCUGAAACUAUUCAUAUUCUUUAUUAAUUAGUCACUUUACUCAGAAAUGACUUAAAGCAACUUACAAACACAAUAGAAAUACUAAAACCAGUAGACAUUACAUUGUUUGCUAGAAAUUGGUCAGUGAUCAUUGCCCACCUGUGCUUUAAAUAGUAAUGUUAAGCACUUAACAUAAUUACAUUUUGUUAAGUAGCAUAUGUAAAACAUGUAGAUGGCAGAUGCAAAAAGAGAUGAAGUAUGAGUUGCUGUAUGUCAGAAUAGGCUUGUGGAUAAACUUGGGAAUAGUAUUCAACAGUAUCACCUCUGUUGAAUCCCAAACAACUGCUCCCUGUUCCCCUUCCUUGGGGAAAUAUAUACUGGUUUCUCUUACCACUUUUACACAGUUGUAUGUCUUCAAGAAUAUAAUAAGUAAUGGAGAUGUGGCCUAGGUUUACAUUGCAAGGAAAAUUUUGAAUCAAUAUGUUAUGCUGAAAUAAACUUUAAAGAUGUCUUUGGAUUUCUUUGGAUAAUUGUAGUUGUACUUGUGGGAUCCUUCCUGUCUCUAUCUGAUGAUAAAGAGGCUUUAUUUUUCUAUUAGAAACUGAGUACUACUGUUCUUAAAGUGUUCAUCAUCCCUUGCCAGGAUUAGGAUAAUACACAUAAAUGAGGAUAAUGUAGAUUUAAGAGUACUUCAGUUGCAUGAAACACUUUUUUUUACAUUGCAUAAAGGAGCACAUUAGCUCAGUUGAAGGGAAAUGUUUCAUUUCUUCCUAUUUAAGUGACACAUUCUCUCAUCCAAUUUUUCAGUACUUUUCCCAGCAAUUUUAGUUUUAGUUUUAAAAAAACACAAUGGCAACCUCUGUAGUCAAAUAAAGUGAUAAAAUUUAAUUUCAGAACCCAUGUGAUUUGAGUAUGGAGGGAGAGGGACUUGGGAGAUGACAAAGCAAAAUUCGGAAUCCUGGAAAGCUGAUAAUAAUAAUAAUAAUAAUAAUAAUAAUAAUAAUAAUACUUUUGUUUCACCUUUCAUAAUGGAUUUCCAGUGCAACUUACAAGUUGAAAUACAAUUAAAAGGUAAAGGUACCCCUGCCCGUAUGGGCCAGUCGUGUCCUACUCUAGGGUUGCGUGCUCAUCUUGCUCUAGAGGCCGUGAGCCGGCGCCGUCCGAAGACACUUCCAGGUCACGUGGCCAGCGUGACGAAGCUGCAGCUGGCGAGCCAGCACCAGCGCAGCACACGGAAACACCGUUUAUCUUCCCGCUAUAAAGCGGUACCUAUUUAUCUACUUGCACUUAAGAGUGCAUUCGAACUGCUAGGUGGGCAGGAGCUGGGACCGAAUGACGGGAGCUCACCCCGCCACGGGAAUUCGAACCGCCGACCAUGCGAUCAGCAAGUCCUAGGCACUGAGGUUUUACCCACAGCGCCACCCGCGUCCCGGAAAUACAAUUAAAACAAAAUAAAACUGGGAGGGGUAGCUAAUACUGCAGAAGACAGAAUCAGGAUUCAAGAUGACCUUAACAGAUCGGAGAACUGGGCCAAAACUAACAAAAUGAAUUUCAGUAGGGACAAAUGUAAGGUUCUACAUUCAGGCAGAAAUAACCAUGAAGUCUUCAAUAUGAGGUUCCCCAGGGUUCGAUUUUGUCGCCCAUGCUGUUUAACAUCUAUAUGAAACUGUUGAGUGGGGUCAUCUGGAGUUUUGGAGUUCUACUUCUCCUUUACACCUGUAGGUGCAGCAGUGGAUGUGCUGGAUCAUUGUCUUGCCUCAGUAAUGGACUGGAUGAGAGCCAAUAAACUGAAGCUCAAUCCAGAUAAGACUGAGGCACUGUUAGUGGAUUGUUCCCUAGACAGGAUGGAUGAGAGGUUGCCUGCCCUUGAUGGGAUUACAUGCCCUCUGAUGGGAUUACAUGCCCUCUGAAGGAGUGUGUACACUGCUUGGAGGGUACACCUGGAUCUUUUGCUGUCACUUGAGGCUCGGAUGGUCUUGAUGGCAUGGAGUGCCUUCCAUCAGCUUUGGCUGGUGGCCCAGCUGUGCGCAUAUCUUGACAGGGAUAGCUUAACCUCUGUUGUCUGCAAUGUGGGACUGCCUCUGGAGAUGGUUCAGAAUUUCAGCUGGUGCAGAAUUCAGUGGCCAGGUUGCUCACCGGGGCAAGACUGAGCAUAAAACACCAAUCCUAGCCUGACUCCACUGGCUGACAAUUAGUUUCCAGGUCCAAUUCAAAGUGAUGGUUUUGACCUAUAAAACCUUAAAUGACCCAGGACCACAAUAUCGCAAGAAUGCCUCUCUCCUUAUGAACAGACCUGGACCCUAUAGUCAUCAACUGAGAUCCAUCUUUGUGUGCCUUCUGCACGAGAGAUCUGGAGGGUGACCUUUUCUGUGAUGGCUCCUUAUUUUGGGAAUGCUCUCCCCAGGGAAGCUUACCUGGCAUCUUUGAUAUACAUCUCUAGACACCAGGCAAAGGGACGAUGGUGGCGCUGUGUUCUAAACCACUGAGCCUCUUGGGCUUGCUGACCAGAAGGUUGGCAGUUCAAAUCCCCACACCAGGGUGAGCUCCUGUUGCUCUGUCCCAGCUUCUGCCAACCUAGCAGUUCGAAAGCACACCAGUGCAAGUAGAUAAAUAAGUACCCUGUGAUGGGAAGGUAAAUGGUGUUUUCAUGCGCUCUGGCUUCCAUCAUGGUGUUCUGUUGUGCCAGAAACUGUUUAGUCAUGCUAGCCACACGACCUGGAAAGCUGUCUGUGGACAAAUGCCAGCUUCCUCGGCCUGAAGCAAGAUCUGCACCACACCCCAUAGUCUCCUUUGACUGAACUUAACCAUUCAGAGGUCCUUUACCUUUUUUACCUAGACACCAGGCAAAAACUUUCCUUUUCUCACAGGCCUUUGGCUAAUUAAACAAUCUAUGGCCUUUUAAACUGGGUGGAGGUAGUGGUUUUUGUUUGUUACUAUGUUAUGUAUUUUUGUGUUUAUAUUUUUGUGUUUAUAUACAGUAAACCGCCCUGUGAUCCUUGGAUGAAGGGCAGUAUAUAAAUUUAAUUAAGAAUAUUAAUAUAAGCUAGACUUUUGACUCAAGGCCAGAAAUGAACUAGGAGCUAGUGUGAUUAAUAAUACAGUUGGUAUCACAUGACCAUAAUGCCCUUGUUAGCAAUCUGGCAGUUGUAUCCUGAGCUAACUACAGUUGUUGAAGUCUUCAAAGGCAACCCAAAUAGAACACAUUACAGUAGUCAAAGCAUGGAUAACUGAGGAUAGGCUAUCUACCUAUGUUGGUAAUGUGAAGAAAGGCCCAGAUCUGCCCCACCAUUCCUCUAGGUCAAGCUGUCACAUAUCUUCCUCCCAUUCUCUUCAAAUGGAAUAAGGAAGAUGUCUACCUGAGGGAUGUGAGGGACUUGCACAGCUGACUCUGGAUUUUCUUGGUAAGAAAGAGCCUGGGGUGACUCCUCCCAGGAGAGGGAAGAUAGACUUUAAAAAGCUGAGCUGCCCUGCAUAUGUGCUCCCUCCCACCAUGAGGGAUCUUUUAAUGAAGCUGAACUUGUAAGUAAAUUAGAAUUGCUAUAUUGUAAUGAAUAGGCUGGGAUUGGUCCAGUUUUAGAGCCACAGUGAUUUGAUUUAUUUUGUAGUCUGUUUUGAACUUCUGCCUUCUUUUCUUCUACCUUUUAUUUUUAAUAAAGUAUCAGAAUAGGGUUGCCAUAUUUUAAAGAGCAAAAAAGAGGACACAUUUGCUGGUGCCUGGAGCGGGGUGGGGGAGGGGGUUCAGGAGCAAAAGUGGGCACAUUCUACAAUGCCCCUUCAAAAUAUACAAAAACAAAACUCACACGGUAUACAUAUAUGUUUCAGACUUGGUUGUCUAGUACUGUAUAUGCAACAUAAAAAGUAGCCUGCUCUCACACCCCUGGGCAUUUUGGCAAAUUCAAACAAAUCUGCCUGGACAGAAUUUUUAUCCCUGAAAAAGAGGAUGUGUCCUGGAAAAAGAGGGUGUAUGGCAACGCUAUUUCAGAAUAAGUUUAGGAACAGGAUUGUAAGAGGUCAGCACAUUCUUCUGAGAGCAGAGAGAGACUCGGGGAGUGUGGGCUGCCUUUGCACUCUCAGUAACAUAUAAGGGAACAGUCUAGUAAAUGCAGGAUGUGUUGGUUUUAGAGUUCCUUGGUUUUAGGAGGUUUAGUGGGGUCUGCCAUGGAAAAGAGCAAGCUGCUUUGAUCUUGGACUAGGAUAAGGCAGCUGGAAGCUAAUCCUGCUUUCCCCAGCAAUUUGUGUUUGGUUGAACCAAGGAGUGCUGGAUGUCCUGGCUUGGAGGCUUUUAAAAAGUGAUUGCUUUGGUGUAUCCCAGGUCCUCUUCCAUCUGGGCUGCAAGAGUAAGUGGGAGGGUGAUGCCAGCAACUACCAGAGAGUAGUACCUACUGGCAGCACUGCAGGGCUGUUGUGUUGCAGUUAGACAAGGAAGAGGGUGAGAGAGCUGCUGUCUUGGGCAGAUCACCUUUGACAGAGGUAAAAGUUGCUCUGUGCUAAAGGAUCAAUCUAUUACAGUACUUCAGAUGACAAGGGCAGAUCAAGGAGCAUCUCUGAAUUGCAGAUCUGUCCCUUUAGUCCCUAACUUUAAGGUUUAAGAGGAAUGCAACCGCCAAAACAGGAGAAAUACCACUAACCUGGGUGGAUGGACUACAGGCUAGUAGCAUCUUCAUUUUGCCUAGAUUGAGCUUCUGUUUAUUGGCUCUUAUCAAUUUGAGUCCUGCCAGAGAACUUUCUGGGGUGCAGUUCAAAUUUUCUCCUAGUGCCUUCCAUUCAUGGUGGCAUCAAAUAGAAGUUGAACGAGAUCUUUUUCAAGGAUUGCCUAACAGGACGUGCUUGUGGGGGCAUUAAAUAUAGUAGUGUGUUUGAUUUCCAUUAGGUACUGGUUCAGCUGAAGGAAGAACCAUUGUCAUUGGAUAUCCUGUCUUUGACUGGUAAAAGGUAAAGGUAAAGGGACCCCUGACCAUUAGGUCCAGUCGUGGCUGACUCUGGGGUUGUGGCGCUCAUCUUGCUUUAUUGGCUGAGGGAGCCGGCGUACAGCUUCCGGGUCAUGUGGCCAGCAUGGCUAAGCCACUUCUGACGAGCCAGAGCAGUGCCGUUUACCUUCCCGCGGGAGCGAUACCUAUUUUCUACUUGCACUUUGAAGUGCUUUUGAACUGCUAGGUACAGUCACACUAUAUAGAUUUGUUCGAAUCUUUUGUGCUCAGUUUCUUACUUCUUAGUAUUAAAGCACCUUCAGAGAUGAAGCUGAGUGAGGGCACUCUGGGGACACACUUACCACCUCUGCACUUCAUUCUGUUAUCUUAGGCAUGGUACUAAACACUUCACAUGACUUUCACAGCCAAAUAUCAGGAUAAUGCGCCAUUAACAAAGGAGCCCAUGACUCUUGUUUGGUGGCUCCUGGUUGUCUAGCUAGUCUGAUCUAUUCCACAGUACUGAAUCAGACCACUGGUUCAUUUGUCCACUGCUAAUCACCCAAACUGGCAGCAAUUUAUUAGGCUCUCAGGAAGAUAUGUUUCCCAGGCAUGCUAUCCUUUAAUUCAGCUAGCGAUAUUUGCAAUAAAAGUAUACUUUCUUCUGUUGGGAAGAUGUGGCUCCAGGGAAUAUAACCACAUAUCUGUGAAGCAGCAUAGAAGUGGUCCUUCGUUUAAUAAGAAUAUUUUCACCAUGUAUAUGGCCCAGCCUGCGGUAUCACGAUUGUUCAAUGCAGUGCCUGUCCUGUGCAGUCUUUCUGUCUGUAUGCUGUUGCUGAUGUUGUUGUCGUCAAUGGUAAUCCUUUGUGUGGGCAUAUCUAUGUGUAUGGCUGUUGGGCAUUCUGCAUUAAACACAAUAGCAUGCUUACUCAUGAAUGAAAUUACUGGAACCCUGUUGGGGAAGGAGUACAUAGCAAGAUUCAAGGCACAGCCUUGCAAAACAAAUGCUGCAAUUAUACUGUGCCUGAAAACAAGUAGCUUUUAAUGUGUCCAUAUGCUUAAGAAAAGAAAGAAUUAUAGACCAACACUCAUACCACCACCCCCCUCUCUUUUUUCUUCCUUUUUCUCCUUUUAUACAGUUUAUCACCCAUAAUUUCAGGAUGUGUUUUGUUUCUUUAAGCUGUUUUAUCUCUCAGCUCAUGAGGUCACUCAUGUGUGAAUUCUUUUGUUCGUCAUCUCACCUUUUGCCUUGAUGAUAGAAAAUUGAUCGGGCCUUAAAGCACAAGUUCAAUAGACAACCCCCUUGGUCCUUUGUUUAGGAGAAUAGCUACCACUGAAGACCACGAGCAGGUUGCUAUUAAUAUGACAGCCUCUCUCUAUCUCCCACUGUAAUUUAUAAUGAAAUACCUAAUCUCCAUUAUUUUGAUCCAAGCAGGCGAUCCCAUGAAAAAAAGUCUUUUCAUCCAGUUCCCAAUGGCAGUUACAUGAGAAAUGGCAAACCAAUAAUUUUUGUCAAGUUUUUUUAAGCCAACAGAAAUGCUUUUCCACUGCUACAGUUUCAAAAGGCACAGAUAAAGCUCAUUCACUGAGAUGAAUGAAAAAAGCCAUCUGGGGUUUUUCUUUUUGACUUCCUUUCCUUUUUCCUCCAUCCUUGUAAUCAAAUUUGAGCGAAAUCAAAUGGGGCUUUCUAUGAAAGUACCUUUUGUUGAUCUGAACGAGCUGGUAAUUUACAAAAUACCCUUCUUUUGUGAGGAAGGCUAAAGAAGAAGGGGGGAAAAAGAAUCAGUAGCUUUUAAAGCCGGGCCUUGGUGGGACUCUAAAUGCAGUGAAAGCUGUCUGUGUUGAGAGACUGAAAUGCAUUUCAGAGCCAGGCCUUACCCAGGGCACUGGAAGAACAAACCUAUGUGCAUUUUUGUGGCAAUAAAAACAUGAAUGGAAAGACAGAAAGGACGAGAGAUAGAGAGAGAAAUCUGGAUCUGGAAAAUGCAUUAAAUAUUAUUUUGGAGUUUCAGCCCUAUUCUUUGACACACCAUACUUAACAAGCAAGACUGAUUGACCUCACCAUUUUGGACUGUCAGAGCUCAACAACAUAUCGGUCUUUAUAGUCGAAGAGGGGUGUUGCAUCUCUUGGAUGUUGCGGGACCAUCUCCAAAGCCAUCUAUCUGUUUAUUUGCUUCACUUACGAAGUGUUGCAGAAGAAAAACAACACUUAACCAGAAUCUGGACUUCACUUCCUUUCCCAUUUGUUGAUGUUUCACUAUUUUAUUAAACAGAUUUCUCUCUGGCAGCUGACUCAAAACCAAAGAACAGUCUGAACAUCACAACA